AUGAAUGAAUUGGAAGUAGAGGCCUAUCAAAAGGCGGACAACAAGUUCGCCAUCAAGUCAAGACCAGAGACAUUGUCAUUCGAUAAAGGAUUCUUUGUAUCAGUCAAAGCUAUACAGUUGCUGAGAAAGAAGAAUGGUCCACGUGUGAUUGUUGUUGGUGUGGCUGGACCAAGUGGAGCAGGAAAGACAAGUCUGGCUCAUAAGAUUGUAUCUGUGUUGCCAAAGACAGUGUUGAUAUCAAUGGAUAACUAUUUGGAUAGCUCUAGACAGAUAUUGGAAGAGAACUAUGAUGACUACAGAUUGGUCGACUUUGAAUUACUUCGAAAGAACAUCACAGACUUGGUGAUGAACAGGUCGACGGACUUGCCACUGUAUGACUUUACAAAGAGUGGUCGCUACGCUUAUAAGAACGUGCGCCCGCCAGAGUCAAAGGUGGUGCUGGUCGAGGGAAUCUACGCACUGCACGAGGAGAUACGCGACCUGCUCGACCUGCGCAUCUCGAUCUCGGGAGGCGUGCACUUUGACUUGAUCAAGCGCAUUUUCCGCGACGUUCACCGCACGGGCCAGCAGCCACACGAGUCGCUGCAGCAGAUCACCGACACGGUCUAUCCCAUGUACAAAGCAUUCAUCGAGCCCGACCUCCAGCUGGCCGAGAUCCGCAUCGUCAACAAGUUCAACCCAUUCUCGGGCCUGCUCAACCCGAUCUACAUUCGCAAGACGCCCAAGCAGGUCACCCAGGAGCAGGUGCUGUCGGCGCUGAACAAGCCCGUCACGCAGACCACCGCACACUACUACGACAUCUAUCUCAUCCCGCCCGGCGUCACCGAGACGUCAUCGUACGAUUGGAUCCGUGUGCGCAACAGCGACGGAAUCUACAGCAUCAUGUUUAGCGAGGAGAUCAAGGAGUCUGGCUUCAUCAUCUCACCUCGCGUCGACUUCACCAUCAGCGUCAAUAUGCUUGGCGGACUAAUGUCCCUGGGCUACCAGAUGAUGGCAAUCAUACAUCGCAAGUCAACGAUCUACAAGGAUGGCAAGAUCAUCAUCAGCUUUGACGAGUUGGAGGAGUUGGGCCAGACCUACCUCCAGAUCAAGGGCUUUGACGCCGACUCUGUUCAAGAGGCAGGCAAGAAGCUUGGUCUAGUCGAUGACAAAGACUACAUUCAAAAGUCAUACAUUGAGCUCUAUCAAGAAAAGUACAAGAGGAAUGGCAAUGGCAGUAUACAUCAUAUUCAGAUACCAACUACAGCAACAAACAUUAACAACGCACAGCAACAACAGCAACAGCAGCAACAACAGCAACAACAGGAAGUACUGUUAGGUAGUUUCCUAAAGUCAAAGUUAUAA